ACGAAUCAAGUUUGGUGCAAUGAGUUUCGAUAAAAACGCCAGAAAAGCGAAUACUUGUACAGAUAUUCGCAAUUAUUUUAAGGAAUACUGUGAUGCGACCAGUAUACACGGUUUUAAAUAUUUUGGUGAGAAUCGUUCUCUGUGUGAAAGGUUGUGGUGGUCCAUGAUCUUCAUUAUCUGCCUUUCUGGUUGCUGCUUUGUGAUAUUCACAAUAUACGAAAAAUACGAAAAGAGUCCAGUGAUCGUGACCUUUGCGACUAAAGAAACUCCAAUUUAUAAAAUUCCAUUUCCAACAGUUACCAUUUGUCCGGAAAUUAAAUCGACAAAAGCUAAAUUUUAUUAUGGUCGAGCAGUGAAAGAGAAAAAUGAUGGUAAAUCGACUUUUGAAGAUGAUCAAAAAAUAGAUUACCUGUCGGUGUUGUGUGACAGCUAUAAUCGAGUGCCACAUUUACAGAAUGAGUCUUUCACUGAGGAUUUUUUUAAUACUUUACACGAGAUUAAACCGGAUAUUUUGAAUCAGAUUUACGGCUGCGUGUUCAUGGGAAAAGAACUCAAAUGCAAAGAUAUUUUUAUUCCUGUAAUGACAGACGAAGGAAUAUGCUACUCUUUUAAUAUUUUGGAUCGUAGCCAAAUUUUUGAUGAUUUAGUUUAUCACUUUAACGGGUAUCACAAGACAGGAGAGAAUUCCUCAACGUGGAGUAUUGAUAAAGGAUAUUUGAACGAAUCUAAAAUUGACAUUUAUCCAAGGAGAGCUUUACUUGCUGGAGCUGCGAAUGGGUUAACAAUGCAAUUAGCGACCCCUAAAAAUGAUAUAGAUCAUACCUGCAAAGGAAUACAGGGUUACAGGGUGGUUUUGCACACACCUAUGCGAAUGCCGAGAUUGAAACAGGAGUAUUUUCGAGUACCAUUGGAUGAAGCCGUGGUUACAGCAGUUAAACCAAUCAUGAUUAGUACGUCUGAGGCUGUAAAAAAAUACGACAUAAAGAAACGAGAUUGUUGCUUUCCUUUCGAAAGAAAAUUAAUGUUUUUUAAAACUUACAGCCAGUUAAAUUGCCAACUGGAGUGCUUAACUAAUUUUACUCUAGCCACAUGUGGAUGUGUGAAUUUUUUUAUGCCACGACAUAACAAUACUAAAAUUUGUGGAACUGGAAAAUAUGAAUGCAUGAAAUUAGCUGAGAGUAUUCUUUACACUGAAGAGGUUUACGAAAAAUUUCUGGAUCGUCCUAAAAAAUUAAUGCGUGAGACCACCGUAGACUGUAACUGUAUGCCGCUUUGUACAGAUUUAAGUUAUAACACAGAAACAUCACAGACAAGUUGGACUUGGAAAGAAGACGCCUUUUCGAGGAGCAAACAAAAUUUAGACAAACAAAAAAUGCACUUGUCAAGUUUGACGAUUUACUUCAAAUUUAACCACUUUAUUACAUCAGAACGAAAUGAACUCUAUGGACCAACAGAUUUCUUAGCCAAUUUUGGAGGACUGUUGGGGCUAUUUACCGGUUUUUCUCUUUUGUCUUUAAUGGAAAUUAUUUAUUUUUUAACACUCAGGAUUUGUUGUAAUAUGAAAAUGUACGGGAAAUGGACGGGGCUAGCCAAGCAAUAAAAUAAUGAAAUAAACGAGACUCUAAUUGUUGAACAGA